GUUCUUAAAAGAUGAAGGAAACCUGGUCUUUCUUGGAUACUUUUGAGCCUAACUUCAGGCCUCUGGUAGUAAUUGAGCUUGCAAAAGGCACAAAAAAGGAAACCAUAGAAUGGUUCACUAAAAGAAUAGUUGACAAAAAGGCCAAUGGAGGUGCACAACUACUGAUUAAACCGUUGGUUACAGAAAAUGGAGAUGAAACUAUUUAUCUAAUUGGAGCUUCCCACUUAAGGCUGUUGCUGGGAGCUGAAACUGUGGGUUUGGUGAAGGAGUGUAAUGAUAAUUCAAUGAGAAGUUUCACAUACAGCAGUAGAAAAACUUUCAAAGAUUUUGCAGAUGACAAUCACAAUUUCCUUACGAUGUCAGAAUGUCAGUAUAUCAUCAAACAUGAGCUUGAAAAUUUGAGAGCUAGAGAUGAAAAAAUGAUCCCUGGAUAUCCACAGGCAAAGCUAUAUCCAGGAAAAUCAAUUGUGAGAAGAUUAUUGACCAAUGGUAUUCUAGUUCAGAUUUUCCCACUCCAUGACAGAGAAGAAUUGAAAAAGCUCCGACACACCUGGUAUGGCCGAGUCAAAAUUGGCUAUCAACCUUUAGAUGAGAUACGCUCCUACUUUGGUGAAACCAUUGCUCUCUACUUUGGCUUCUUAGAGUACUUCACGUUUGCAUUGAUUCCAAUGGCUGUCAUUGGAAUUCCUUACUAUGUGUUUGCAUGGGAAGAUUAUGACAAAUAUGUAAUGUUUGCCACAUUCAACCUGCUGUGGUCCACUGUGAUCCUGGAAGUUUGGAAGCGGAUUUGCGCUGUGAUGACGUACCGCUGGGGGACACUGUUGAUGAAGAGGCAGUUUGAAGAACCAAGGCCAGGUUUCCACGGUGCUUUGGGUAUCAAUCCUGUCACUGGGAGGGAGGAACCGGUGUACUCAAGUAUUAAGAGACAGUUACGCAUUUAUCUGGUGUCCGUACCGUUUGUGUGCCUUUGCCUCUACUUCUCGCUGUAUGUGAUGAUGAUUUACUUCGACUUGGAACAGUGGGCUCUGGAUUAUCAUGAGGAGAAUAAGUCCACCUUCAGCAGCUUGAUGCUGUAUGUGCCCAGUAUCAUAUAUGCUGUCGUGAUUGAAAUUAUGAACCGUAUCUAUAGGUAUGCUGCUGAAUUCUUAACGUCAUGGGAAAAUCACAGGCUGGAGUCUUCAUAUCAGAAUCAUUUAAUUCUGAAGGUUUUAGUGUUCAACUUCUUGAAUUGUUUUGCAUCUCUCUUCUACAUUGCUUUUGUGCUGUUUGAUAUGAAACUUCUGAGACAGAGCUUGGCCACUUUGCUGAUAACUUCACAGAUCCUCAAUCAAUUUGCAGAAUCCCUGCUUCCUUACUGGCUUCAGAAGAGACAUGUGAAGAAGAUGAAGAAACACACGCAUUCUCUGAAAACAGAAACGGACCUGUCAUUAGUUGAACAAGUCAACUUGGAAAAAGAAAUGGGCACCUAUUUUGGUACUUUUGAUGAUUACUUGGAGUUGUUUUUACAGUUUGGCUACGUCAGUCUUUUCUCGUGUGUUUAUCCGCUGGCUGCUGUCUUUGCAGUGUUAAACAACGUCACAGAGAUAUAUUCUGAUGCCUUAAAAAUGUGUAGAGUUUACAAGCGUCCGUUUGCAGAACCCACAGCAAAUAUCGGUGUUUGGCAGUUGGCUUUUGAAACUAUGAGUGUAAUAUCAGUAGUUACUAACUGCAUACUGAUUGGAAUGUCUCCACAAGUGAAUGCCCUUUUCCCAGACUCAAAAAUGGAUCUUGUUCUGACUGUGGCAUUGGUAGAGCACUUGCUACUGGCAAUAAAGUUUGUCAUGGCAUUUGUAAUUCCUGAUAAACCAAGAGAGAUACAGAUAAAGCUGGCCAAAUUGGAAUUUGAAUCUCUAGAGGCUCUCAAACAACAGCAAAUGAAACUCGCUGCUGAGUCACUGAAGGAGUAAACACAGAGGAACAAAGAUGACUACAGCAGUCACACAUGGACGUGGGCACUCCUGGAGUCUUCGGUUAUGAUGCUGUCGAGCUCUGAGUGCACACUAUGCUAUUCUGUGUUUCUGCAGGUGGCACCUGCUUCUAUGAUACCUGGUAAAUACUCACUGCUUGAAGUUGUGAAAGAGAUCAUUUCUCCUACUCCUUUCCCCCCCACAUGUACACCAGUUUUUGGAGCUGACACUACGCAAAGCAGUCCAGCCUGCACAAGGUCUGGUUGAAGGCUGCCAGACCCACUGCACUUCAACUGAAGGAAAACAGAACUUGAGAUAAUCAUCCCCAAGACACCUGGAGACUUCAGCUGUAACUUUGUGAAAGAAAAUAGAAAGAAAAAGGUGGAACAGCACUUCCUUCAUUCAGUGCACUGCCUCUGAGCCUAUGGCCUGCUUUUGUCCCUUUAUGAUGAUAGUUAACCAGUCCUCUCUUUUAUUCAACCGCUGCUGAUCAGCUACUUUUUGCACAUAGCAAAUUAAUUUACAUUAUGUAAUGAAAUAUGAUUGUUCCUGACAUAACCUGAGAAAUACUUAAACAUAAAUAUAAGGUGUGCAUUACACAUUCCUCUGUGCUGGUUACCAAAAUAAGAGUGAGUUAGUCUUUCCCAAAGUCAGGUAAAAGCACUGAGUAGGAAACAGUACUGAGCAGUAACUUACGAAGAUUAAGCAGCAGAUAUUUAUGUAUUUUUUCAUUUACAUUUGCUUUUGGCAUCACUUCCUUGGGCCUUGAACCACAGUGUUGUAAAUAUGAUACAGCAGUACUCAUGUGCCCAGUGAACACACUUCCUCCCCCCCACAUUUCACAAAACGGUCAUUUUCAUAACAUUUAAUUGCUUUCUGGCAGUUACAGGACCAGAAUUUUCUCUAACCAUGGGUAAUCUACAUUCUCCAGCUGUGACCUGUAUUUGCAGUAGGUGUACCUUACCUAUGCAUGACACUCCUGGGGCAUGUAGAAAAGUUACCAUUGCAGAUUUCAGUGUUUUUCUCCUGCUGCCUGAUCAGCAUGGUUAGUGAGGAACCUGGGGGAUGGUUCCUCUUGCGAUGUAAGAGCUGCUAUGACUGGAGCCUGCUGUCUUCUGCUUGGUACUGCUUUCAGAGUGUGAAGUGGGCAGGUUUGUGAUGGCAGCUGCAUGGGCUGUCUGUGAAAAUGCCCCAGGAUUGGCUGGAAAAGGAAUCAGGUUGCAUCUCAGCUGUAGUCACAUGAAAGAAAUAAGUAAUGGCUUACCCAAAGCUGACUUUGUGCUUGUCUUCACAGUCACUGCAUUCUUCCAGUUUUCUGCAGCCUAAUAGGAAAAUAUGUAGUAAGGUUUGGGUACCUGGUGAUGUGAGCAACCUCGGCAGCCAUCCUUGCCUUGAGCAAAUCCAUUCACUUCUGCUCAGUAUUCUUAUGUAGAAGUGGGGAUAAUAACGUUCCUUGGGUGGAUUCUCUGCCUACAGCCAGGUGGUGUGGAGACACUACAACCUCAAUAGCAUGUGAGUGAGGAGUAAGGCAAUCCUUUAUGUUAAAGAGAGUAGUUUGUCCUGGAGAACUCACUGUGCAGCAGCUGCAAUGCUAAAAUCAUGAUAGAGCAUUUCUGGUCCAUGGAGAACUAUUACCUGGAUGGUGCUGUGUUGUAUUUUGUCACCGAACUGCUCCUGAAACAUGAGAAAGAAUAAAUAAGGUAUUUACUGGUGA